AUGGUUCAAAGAGGUGGUAGUGUUCCUAUUGAGUACUUGACAAGUCCCUCUUGGUGCUCUUUACACUUUCGUACUAUUCCAAUCCCGUCCAAACCAGCCAGCAGUAGUAAGAGUUGUAAAGGUCUAGCGAUCGUUGUCAUUCAAUUCGUUCUUCAAUUGGUGAAGUCGCAGUGUAGGAUCGUAUGA